AUGAUUGUGGACCGGGCUGUAGGUCAAGUUUUUUUGUCGUGCGUGCAACAGACCCAGCUCAUCAUGGCGGAUCAGGAUCCCAAGGCGACAGCCACGGCUGCCGAGGCUGAAAAGACCGCAGAACAAGGCGAGGGCUUUGUUGAUGCCAUUGAGCAGCGUCUUGCCGAGCUGCAGGCAGAGCAAGUGCGCGGUACCGUCUGGGACAAACAAUCCCGCGUUCUGGGCAAGGAGGGCAUCAACGCCACCACCACGGAAGAUGUGUCAACCACCGCAGCCACGGCUGCUGUCAAGGUGGGUACAUCGAGCGCUAAAACGGACACCGAGGGUGAGGAGAUGUCCAAGGAGGAUGUCAAGAAGAUGCAGGCCAUGUUGGGUGCGGCCAAAUCCAAGGAUUCAAAGGUCUAUUCGGGUCUCGUCGACAAGGAGAUCGUGAUCAACCCAGGAGAUGUCGAUCCCCGUGCCACGCUUAUUGUGGCAAACUGCAAAAACUGCACUUUUGAGAUCAACUCGCUGUCCACCAAGAUCUUUGUCCAAUCAUGCUCCAACAUCAAGCUGGCUUGUAACGCCAAGAUUGUCACACACAUGGUGGAAAUGUACAAGUGCGAGAACAUUGAUGCGUCGUUCAAGGUGAAGAUUGGCACCAUGCAGCUGGAUAUGUCGUCGGACCUGAGUUUGAAGUUUGACCAGAAGGAGCAUUUUGGAUGCAUCAUCUGGGCCGGCUGCCAUCGCUUGAGCAUGGCCUUUGGCGACAGUGACGACACCAUCUUGACGGGCUUUGGAGACAUGCAGGAGGAUUACGCAGACCUGCACAUUGAGCGCUCUCAGUUCAAGCUUCAUUUUGUCAACAACAAGCUGGUCAAUGAAAAAGUCAUUCGUCUGCCCAACGGCUUUCCCACGACCAAGCGUGAGAAGGAUGCCUUUGAGGCACGCCAGGAGCGCAAUUUGAAGGCCAUGGCCGAGAAGAUGGGCAUCAAUCUCCCCAACAAGCGAACGGAGGAGGUCCGGGUGGGUCGCAAUGAGCCCUGCUCUUGUGGCUCAGGCCGCAAGUACAAAAAGUGCUGCGGCGUCGUGUUUGAGCACCAAGAGCUUGACACCACACAAAGGGCUGUAAGCGUCCAGUCUCAAUGCUGCAGGAAUCUACCUGUGACCUGGGAAUUGGGUGGUGUGGGAGGGAACUCGGGCCCGUCUAUGCCCAAGCUCAUCGUGACCGCCAUGAAGGAGCAAGGCGGAUUUCACGGGCAACUCAAGGGUGUGUGUGUGUGUGUGUGUGUCUCUCUCUCUCUCUCUCUCUUUCUCAUGCGUGUGGGGUUUGGCGGUGUCUCUCUCGUUCCGACCGCAUCGAUUGAGAGCUCUUGUGCUGGUGGAGCUGGAAGUGUGUUUCUCUUUUCGCCUCACCACCACAACCAACACCGCCCCCUCUCUCUCUUUCUCUCUCUCUCUCCUGCAGAGCUCUCUCUCUCUCUCUCUCUCUCUCUCUCGCUCUCUCUCUAUCACAACGCCGACGGGCAGCAGGUCGCUCUGACUAUCCAGACGCUCCAGGAGCGGUUUGGCUAUAGUGGCAACAAAUGCGUGCGCGCGCUGUUUCGGGCUGCAGUCAUCGAACCCAGCGUACUACUCGACAUGACCGACUUUUUGACAGACCUCAUCACCCACGAAAAGGAGCAACGACGCUCCGCCCGCAACUACCUUCGUGCACAACAAAACUUUUUCCAUUGCCUUGAAAAGAUGUUCCAUAACCGCACGGCGCCCGCCAAACGCAACUCGAGCGAGGCCAUGAACAAACUUGCCCUCCUUGCCUGCGGAGCCGCCCAUCCCUCCUCGUCCUCCAACGAGUCGGGACUCAUUCCACCUCUCUUUGGUGAUGACUCUGUCAGCAGUGCCGACGACAGUCGCAUCCAGGAUGCUAUUGAAACUCUCAUUCCCGUCUACGUGCGUCUCCUUCCCGACCUCUACCGCCGUGGUGCCAUCGAGGACUCGAUUGUCUUGCGCUGGCACAAGCUUGGCUGCAACAUCUCCAAGCACCUCUCAGACGCCGAGUCAGCCGCCUUGACUUCGGCCCUCGACGGCAUUGCCGAAUGGUUCCUUUCUGUCGCCGACUCGGAUGACGAGGAGGACGAGGAAGACGCUAUUCAUCGCCUGCUUGAGGUUCCGGAGCACCACGACUCGGACCCGGAAAGCUCUAGCUGAGUCGCGUCAAGCAUUCUCCACUUGCGUUCAACCGGCGAGCGCGCGGCCUCAAUGUGCUCAGCCUCUUUUCUCAAAAUUUUUAUCCUACAUUAGCCUCUACUUUGCGUGUGCGUGUGUGCGUGCGUGUGUGCGUGUAUAUGCUUCGUGGUCAAUCAUGUGAGCUACCGCUGAGCCUCGCGCGGCCAGUGCUCUGCGUUGGCACACACCCGAGUGUGUGUCUUGGUAGGAUUGAUGGACGGCUCCUCUUUCAUAAUCCUUGUUCGCCGUCUUACUGUCCUCUGUCGCUGGUUUUCACAUUGUUAUCUUUCCUAAUCGACGCAAUUCAUCUUUUCACAC